GUUGCCAACUUCACGGCAUUUACGCAAUCCCAGUACAUCAAGUACUUCACCACCUCAACAGAGCUUGCGGACGAUGAGCUGCUCACUGAAGCUGAAGCUCAGCUGGCUUGGUUGAGAGACAAGAAGAACCCGGAGAUCGAGAAGGAGUCGAGGAAGCUCCUCAACCGAAAAACGGGAUUGUUCGAGGACAAAGAUAUCAUGUGGAUCCCGACGACCUUGAAGAAGAAGAAAGAACAGAUAGAAGAUCAGUUCAAAAAGGUCAACAAGGUUGACCAGACGGACAAGGUGACUGAUGCAACCGUGAAGGCUGCAAAGGCCCGCUUGACGGGGUUUUUGUCCUUCCAGCCUGACGACGAGUUCUUCGGGAGUUCAAGCAUCUUCGUGGACGAGGGCCAGGAUGAUAGUGUGACCGUGCUUACGCCACAGCAGCUGAAUGCCAAGGCCAGAGCCAACACCAAAGCCAAGGCCGGCAAGGUAAAGAAGCCGGAGGACAUUUCAACUUUGCGGGUGAAGCAGGCCACCAAGCUCCUGCCACAUCUGCGGCUCUUGAACGGCAUGUUCAUGGAUGUGAAGACGAAGUGGGAGUCGUUCCG